AUGCCGAAGCGGGACCGCGACAGCGAGGGCCGGCGGCGCUCGUCGUCGUCUCGGCGGCGGCGCAGCCCGUCCCCGUCCGGCUCGGACGCCGCCUCCGAUUCCAGCGGCUCACCCGGCCGGAGCCGGGGACGCCACCGUCGCAGGAGCCACCGCCGGAGGGACACCCCGUCCUCCAGCGACGCAAGCGGCAGCGGGAGCGAGGAUUCGGGGUCGGACUCCGGACGUCGGGGAAGGAGCGGCGGCCGAAGGCGCCGGGAUGUCACCGAGGAGCAGAUCAUUGAGUACAUGGCGAAGAAGGCGCAGAAGAAGGCGGAGAAAGUGGCGAAGAAGCUGAAGGCGAAUGCGGUUUCUGGCUACUCCAACGAUUCAAACCCCUUUGGCGAUCCCAACCUGACAGAGAAUUUUGUGUGGCGAAAGAAGAUAGAGCGUGAUGUAUCUCAGGGACAGAAGGUGGACAUUUCUGUCAAAUCUGAGAAGAAGAAACAGCAAGAAAGAAUGGCUGAAAUAGAGAAGGUUAAGAAAAGAAGGGAAGAAAGAGCAAUUGAAAAGGCACAGCAUGAAGAGGAAAUGGCAUUGCUAGCUAGAGAAAGAGCACGUGCCGAGUUUCAAGACUGGGAGAAGAAAGAGGAAGAGUUUCAUUUUGACCAAAGCAAGGUCAGGUCUGAGAUCAGGUUGCGGGAGGGGCGUACAAAGCCUAUUGAUGUUCUCCUUAAGAAUCUUAAUUUCUCAGAUGGAUUUGACAUUGAGUUAAAUGAGCCCUAUCUGGUGUUCAAGGGAUUAACAGUGAAAGAAAUGAAAGAGCUACGUGAUGACAUUAAGAUGCAUCUUGAUCUGGACAGGGAAAGCCAAACAAAUGUUAAGUACUGGGAGGCACUCAUGGUGGUAUGCGAAUGGGAGCUAGGUGAGGCUCAGAAAAGAGAUGCCCUAGAUCGGGCUAGGGUCCGUGGUGAGGAACCACCACCUGAGGUUCUUGCAGAAGAGAGAGGUUUGCAUGCAAGUAUUGAGGGGGAUGUAAAAAGUCUCCUGGAUGGUAAAACUUCCACAGAGCUUGAAGAUAUGCAAAGUCAAAUUGAGUCCCAAAUGCGCUCUGGAACUGCAAAAGUUGUUGAAUACUGGGAAGCUAUCCUGAAACGGCUUCAUAUUUACAAAGCAAAGGCUUGCCUGAGGGAGAUCCAUGCUUCUAUCCUAAGGAAGCAUUUACAUCGACUGGAGCAUCCUGGUGCUGUUGAACAGGAUGUGGAAUCUGAGAAAGAAGAUGAUAAUAAACUGGAGGAUGAGAUGCAUGAGGACGAAGAUGAUAAACGAUAUUCGCCUGAGCCUAUACCUCAGCACACAGAAAACCAAUUUGAAGAGGAAGAUGGAUCCUUCUCUCCACAGCUAAUGCAUGGCAAUGAAGAUGAAGAUGCAAUUGAUCCUGAAGAGGACAAAGCUGAGCUGGACCGAAAACGUGAAGCUGUAGUUUUGGAGCAUCAAAGGAAAGUUCAGGAAGCCAUGAAAGCAAAGGCAAGAGUACCUGAUGAGAUGGAGAUGAAGGCCAUAAAAACGAUGGGAGCUAUGGAGGAAGGAGAUGCAGUAUUUGGUGUCGGUGCUGAAGUGAACCUUGAUUCACAGGUGUACUGGUGGCACGACAAGUAUCGACCAAGAAAGCCCAAGUACUUCAAUCGGGUGCACACUGGAUAUGAAUGGAAUAAAUACAACCAGACUCAUUAUGACCAUGAUAACCCACCGCCUAAAAUUGUUCAAGGCUACAAGUUCAAUAUAUUUUACCCUGAUCUUGUCGAUAAAUCAAAAGCACCAACGUACAGUAUAGAGAAAGAUGGAAGCACUGGUGAGACUUGUCUCAUAAGAUUUCACGCCGGCCCUCCAUAUGAGGAUAUUUCUUUCCGUAUUGUGAACAAGGAGUGGGAAUACUCACACAAGAAGGGGUUCAAGUGUACAUUUGAACGUGGGAUUCUCCAUCUCUAUUUCAACUUCAAGCGUCACCGUUACAGGCGUUGA